CUUCAGUCAACUACAGAGGAACUACGCAUACCCCUGAAGAAGCCAAACCUUCGUGAUCAUGGCCGAACUCGGACGCUCGCAGUCGCAGUGGCAGCUCAACGACUUGAAGUACCGGCACGAACUCGCCAAAGCUUACAGCAUCAUCGACCAGCGCCGGCUCGAAGCGACGUGGACUCGCUCGAACGACGGCGGCUUAGUCAACGGCCCAGGGCGUGAUGGUCGUGCCACCGCACCCGAGCCACAGACCCUGCUGCGGUAUCUUGAGAUGUGCCACUCGCUCAACCUUGAUAUCGACGUGCUGCCCGACCGCCCCAACCCUACGCAAGGCGACUGCCGAAGCCCGGCGCAGCGGAUUUGUCCUCGAAAGAUCAUCCCGUGGGAGGGCUUUGCAGAAGCGCAGGAGGGCAUCUGGAAGCAACUUUCACUUGGCUCCUCAUUCUCCCACGCGGCCGUCUUCCCGUCUCGAGAUCAACUGGAAGCCGUGGGGGCUCUGCUCAAGCCCAUUGGAUGCGAACUCGGGCUCCAGAGGUUCCAACGCCACGUUGUGGAAAACGCGUUGGCCAAGCUGGUCGAGGAGGCAUACAACGACGAAGCACUGAGGAACCGUCUCGGUAUUCCCGGCGGGAUUACCUUCGAAACCCACCCGGACCUAGGCGGGACCCGUGCUCUCCACUCCAAGUACAUGGAUCUCACCUCCGUCUACGGCGACGCUAAUACUGCACGAUGGGCCGAACGCUUUAUUGCUUUCAUGUCCGGCCGGGACACCAGGAGACAAGGCCCAUGUCCAGACCAAUGCUGCAUCUACCGAACUUCGAACGACUGCAAUGUCCCCGUCCUCGCGAUCGAGUACAAGGCACCGAACAAGCUGAGCUGCGAGGACAUCACCACAGGAUUAGCAUCAGAUAUCGAUCUGAACCACGACGUCAUCCACAAUGACGGCCAGGGGUUCCAGUCUACUGCAAGGCGUCUCGCCUCGGCCGUUGUGUCACAGCUGUUCUUCUACAUGGUCGAAAAGGGCGUCCAGUACGGGUACGUAUGCACAGGGGAGGCAUUUGUCUUCCUCCACAUCCCGGACGACCCGUCCUGCGUUCGCUACUCGGUCUGUGUGCCGAACCGGGACGUCAAAGUCGGCGGUGAAAACCAACUCCAUCGCAGUGCCGUCGCACAAGUUCUCGCGUUUACCCUCCAGGCGUUGCGAGCGCCACCUCCGCCCGCGGAUUGGCGCGACGCUGCCCAGCGCCUCGACAUGUGGUACGUGAAGUUUGACGAUGUCUUGAAGAGUAUUCCAGCGGCAAUCAUCCCGCAGCGAUGCGCAACUUCACAGCCAUUGGGCUUCGUCUACUCCCCGAUCCGAACACCCUUUCAACUACCGCGAAGCGUCCCAUUGCAACCAAGCCUUGGCAAUGGCUACUAUCUCAACAACUUCUCGUCGACCGUCGGCCAAUUCAACCGUCCUCCGGGGGUGUCAAUCGUUUCGAGGGGUAUCAUGCCAUCGAUCGAGGGGCUGGAUCAGCAGGUUCCGGGUCAGGCGAGCCCUGUGUCCCGGCGAAACAUCCACGACCGGCCAUUCUGCACACACAAAUGCAUUCUCGGGCUUUCGUUUUGCGGACCCAUGGACGAUGACUGCCCUAACUUCAACGACCAUGGCAAUGAACACUUGGACCCGGAUGAAAUUCUUGGUCUGAUCCGCAACCAACUCGCCCGCGACCACCACGGACAAGGCACUGACUGCGUGCCGCUCACGAUACCAGGAUCGGUCGGGACGCUUUUCAAAGUGCGCCUUGCGUCUCAUGGUUACACUUUCGUGGCCAAAGGCGUCCAAUCGAAGGAUAUUGCGGCGCUGCGUCACGAAGAAGAAAUUUACGACAGCAUUCACACACUUCAGGGGCUCUACGUCCCGGUCUGCAUCGGUAUCGUUGACCUCAAGCAACCAAAAUACUACGGCGGUGGCAAGUUCAUGCACUUCCUCUUUCUGACAUACGCUGGACGCCCAAUCUGCGAGAACCUGGAAUCAAUAAGCCCUCCCAUAAUCAACACGGUGAAGUACGCAUUCGAGGAAUUGCGCGAACGGCUUAUUGACCACCGCCACGUUAAGCGACAUCACAUACUAGUGCACGAGGGUAGGGCUAUGCUUGUGAACUUUCGGCGGGCGGAUCUCUAUCCCCGACCUCUUUUGCCCAGCAGUGAGAAUGGGAAGAGGAAGCGCGAGACGAUGUAGCCGAGAUAUCAGCAUGGGAGGAGCGCUUGCGACAUAGGGCCUAGAUCCAAGGUACAAUACUAGACCCUAAUGGUAUCGCGGAGCAUUUGAGCUGGCAAAAAUGAGACUUACUGGGAACAUCAAGGGCUGGGUCUUGAGAAGGUUAAUGGAAGGGCGUGGGAUUUUUCGGUCUUGACAUGAUUUCUUGAGAUUUUGAGACUGCAGCUUGUUGGUACGGAUCAUGUGGUAGAUGCACCCGUUCAAGCGUGUAAUUAGCAAAUCUCGCCGCCGAAUUGAUGCUCGAGAAAAUGUUCUCCGUGAGGCUUGAGCGUUAC